UGGAACUGGAUGAUCUUUAAGGUUCCUUCCAACUAAAACCAUUCCAUGAUUCUAUGGUCCCUGGAGGGGACCUUUGCCCUGGAACCCUGAACGGCACCACCCAGCGCUGCACAGGAUGGGCAGCCCGAGGAGUAAAGCGCGGCCGUCACCAGCGGGCAAAGUGCGGUGCAAGGGUUGGACAGCUGGAGGACAGCAGCCAUGGAACGGUACGGUGGACAGGGCUGGAGGGCACAGGGGGGCAGCAGGGGGAGCGCUGAGGGGCAAGAAGGAGCUGUGGGUGCAGGGACUGUGGGUGCAGGCAAGCACAGGCAGGAGCUGUGGGUGCAGGUGGGCACCAGCCAACACAGCUACUGCCAAAGUGGCUCCUCUGCCCUCUCUCUGCCAGCCUGGCAGCUGCGCAGCUCUGCAUCACCGUCCUGCUGGGUACUGCCCUCCUUCUGCCCGCACCCAGGGGCACUCAGGUGAGCCCCUAACCUUUCUUUACCUUGCCCUCCCGGACACAGGGCAACCCAUGCGUGAUCUGUGCCACCCCCUGGCACCCCACCUUCUCUUCCCGCAGGCUCUAAGCAACACCAGGCAGAAGAACCUGGCUGCGGAGCAGGCUUUGGCCAAGGAAAUCAUCCUGGACGUACCAGCCGUGGAGCUGCCAGAGGGCUCCAAAUUGGUGGAACCGGGCAUGCCCCAAGUCCUGGAGGGACCAGAGGAGGAUCGUGACAACCUCCAUCACCCUGAGGAUGAUGCCAAGGAGGUUGAUGCCCACAGAGCACUCUGGAGGCUGGUCCCGAAGGUGCAGAACAGCCUGGAGGAAGACCGUGACCAUUUCCACCACAGUUGAGUGGAGACAUAC